AUGAGGCCACCAUCACGUUCAGAGCAGGCAACAUGCUUUGUUGGGAGCGGCAUUGUAGCAUUGGGUGCUGGAACACCUUAUUUAUUAUCCUUCUAUGCUCCACAAUUACUGGCCAAAUGUAAUCUACCUGUUUCAAAUUUAAGCACGUUGUCAUUGGCGAUGAGUUUAGGAAGUUCUCUUUUGGGAUUUUUUGCAGGUAUAGUUAUUGAUAAAAGCGUUGCAGGUUCCUGCUUGAUUGGAGCUCUCUGUACCUUUUCUGCGUACUCUAUUCUUCACUAUUGUUAUGUCCAUGAAUUGGCUAACGUUCCACUGAUUGCUUUUGGACUGACCCUGGUUGGCUUUGGUUCUGUCUCCGGAUUUUAUGCUGCUGUCAAAUGCUGUACAACUAAUUUUCCGCAUCAUAGGGGCACCGCUGGCGCCUUUCCUGUGGCAUUGUAUGCACUGGCUGGUAUGCUCUUUUCCACGAUAUGUACUGAAGUGUUUGGGGAUGACGUUGAAGGCAUAUUCAAGUUUUUGACAUACGUUUGCUCAAGUAUGAUAUUUGUAGGAUGCUGGACAAUGAAAAUUAUGGUAACUCCAAAGGCUCGAAAAGUUAAAAGGAGAAACUCUUCAAUUGAUCAACAAGUACCAAAUUCGAGGGGUUCAAAUAGCAAUAUGUCGGAAACGCCAAGUACACAACCCAUCAUGAUUAGCAGUGAAAGGCAAGGGAAUGAGAUUCCACAUUCCUUCCCAGUGCAUUCGCAGAACCGUAAUGGGUCUCUCUCCAGCACUUCCAGCUCAUCACUAGCUUCAUCAUUUCAAUCUCUAUGGUCGAAUAAAAGAUCGGAUUCCUUCAUCUGGUCUAAGGAUCUGCCUGGAUCUUUAUCCUUCUGGGGAUGGGGAAGAGUUCGCGAUGAAGAUGCGUUGUCAGAAAGCCCAUCAGCUCACCCUUUUCCACCUCCUUCAAUGCCACAACUUCCUCCACUUUCGAGGACACGACAAAGCUACUCUUCUACAAACUCUAGUCCUCGUCGUCAAAGGUUCGACAGCUUCACUAAUCUUGAUAGAACCGAUAGCUUUAAACGCGAUCAGCCGGGAGCGCAUGUUCUUCAAAGAGGUACAAAUAAUGAGGUUUUUACCAAUAUGGAAGAUUCAACGAGGAACUCUAUAUACAAAGAAAGCUCUUCAUGGAAAAAUAGUCAUGUAUUUCGUACCAUGAAGAAACCGCGUUUUAUUCUAUAUUUCAUCAUAUUGGCGACACUACAGGGUAUUGGUCAAAUGUAUAUUUUUUCCGUUGGCUUUAUCGUACAAACGCAAGUAUACUCGACUUCUCCUGAAAAGUACAAGCUAAAUCCCGAGUCUAUUCAAUCCCUACAAGUUUCAAUUAUUUCAAUACUAUCGUUUUUAGGUAGGUUAUCUUCCGGCCCAUUUAGCGACCUUUUAGUAAAAAAACUAAAGGCACAGAGGCUUUGGAAUAUUGUUGUUGCUGGCAUAUUGUUUGUUUAUGCCUCUCUUCAAAUGCUCCAAGUUUCCCACGUUAAUCUAAGCGCCAUAAUGGAAGGACCCGAUAACAUCAAGAAUAUUUCCUUUUGCUCCGCAUUAUUUGGAUAUGGUUUUGGAAUACUAUUUGGAACAUUUCCUUCUAUAAUUGCAGACGCAUUCGGCACAGAAGGAUUCAGUACGAUAUGGGGAUUAUCGACUAGUGGAGGGUUGUUCACUGUGAAGUAUUUUUGCUCUGUAUUAGGGGUAGAUUUGCAAAACCAUGUUGAAGACGGCAAAAAGUAUUGUGAAAAGGGAACUGUCUGCUAUAGCCACACGUUCCACUUGACAGCUUUUUUUGCAAUGCUCGUUACGGUAUUUACCUUGGCAGUCAUCACCGUUAGCUUCUGGGAGAGAAAGCACAGGCAUGAAUUGAUGCCAGAUUCGCAUCAUGUAGAAUACCUAUUGACAGAAGAAGACGAAAAUGAAGAACAUGAAGGAAGCACUCAAGUCUGA